GACUUAUAAGAAAUUAACUCUUGCAUUAUCCUUAAAGUAAGAGGGAACAAAAAAAACACAUAAAGAAGAAAAUGGAAGGGAAAAUCAAGAUAGGACCAGUGGGAACGGAUUAUUCAGGUAAGAAAACAAUGGUCGAUUGGGAUGAAGGAAGUCACAAUGGAAUCAUCUCUCAAAUAUUUCUAUCUCAUGGUCCCACCGGUGUUUUCUCUAUCCAGUUCCAGUUCAUGCUCGACGAUACAUUUUUCUUAUCCUCCUGCCACGGUCAGAAUACUGGCAGCAUGUUUGACGUUAUACUUUUGAACUGCCCACAUGAGUACAUAACAGGAAUUAGUGGAGAGUAUCUCAAGUCCGAUGGCGCUAGCGGCCCUCAGAUAAGGUCUCUUGCAUUUGCUACCAACCUUAAUCAGUACGGUCCUUUUGGCGGCUCGAGCUCUCAGUCUUCGAUUUGGAAUCACGAACAACAGUUCAGAUUCAAACUAGGGAAAUUUCGCCAGUUCAGCGGUUUCUAUGGGACAUAUAAUGCCUCGGGACUACAAAAUAUCGGUGUUUAUCUCCAACCAACAAUUGUUAAACCUACCGGUACACGCAAUGCAGAGGAAACUGAGUCAAACAUUGUUUUGGGUUAAAUGAAAUUGUGUAUUAAUCUUAAACCUUCUUCAGCCUCUACAUGCGUUUAUAUCAAUAUCUUUCGAACUUUGUAUGAAUAAAAUUACUUUACGUGUGUGUGAUGCGUCUGUAAAUAUAUACACAUGCAUUAAGCAUAUAAAUAAUCAUUGGUUCAACCA